GACUCAGUGAUGCUAACUGCUCACAACUCAGUGAUGCUAGCUAUUCAAAACUCAGUAAAGCUUGAUGCUCACAGCUCAGUGAUGCUAGCUACUCCUGACUCAGUGAUGCAAGCUAUUUACGACUCGGUGAUGCUAGCUAUUCACAACUCAGUGAUGCUAGCUAUUUACAACUCAGUAAUGCCAGCUAUUCACAACUCAGUGAUGCCAGCUAUUCACACCUCAGUGAUGCUAGCUAUUUACAACACAGUGAUGCUAGCUAUUCAAAACUCAGUGAAGCUUGAUGCUCACAACUCAGUGAUGCUAGCUACUCCUGACUCAGUGAUGCAAGCUAUUCACGACUCGUCUCACAACUCAGUGAUGCUAGCUGCUAAAAAUGCAGUGCUGCUAGCUGUUCACGACUUAGUGAUGCUAGCUAUUCACAACUCAGUGAUGCAAGCUGUUCACCAUUCAGUGAUGCUAGCUAUUCACAACUCAGUGAUGCUAGCUGCUCAAGGCUCGGUGAUGCUAUCUGCUCAAAACUCAGUGAUGCUAGUUGCUCAAGGUUCGGUGAUGCUAGUUAUUUACAACCCAGUGAAGCUAGCUGCUCACAACUCAGUGAUACUAGCAAUUCACAACUCAGUGAUGCUAUAG